AUGACUAAGGAAACUGAUUAUUUGUGUACACAGGAAGAACUCCUUGCACCACCUUGCAUCAUCUUGGAAGACUCUGAUGAUGACACCAUCGACAUGAUGUUCAAUGACCUAGCUGAGUCUGAUGAUGAUGAUGCAUACUUUCAAGGUAUGUAUGAGUAUGCCUUGCACAUAGACAAGCAUUUGACUAGGAGUGAGUACAGAAAACCAGCAUUGACUGGACUGGAAUGGGUUUACAACAAGCUGGGUGAUAGGAAGCAAUGCUAUAACAUGUUUAGGAUGAACCCAAUGAUGUUCUAUAGGCUGCAUGACUUGUUGGUACAUUCUUAUGGCCUCAAGUCUACAACUAAGUCCAGCUCAAUAGAGGCGCUAGGGUUGUUCCUUUGGAUGGUAGGUGCACCUCAAUCUGUUAGACAAGCUGAGGAUAGAUUUGAGAGGUCAAUGGCAACAGUGUCAAGCAUGUUCCACAAAGUUUUGAAGUGUCUUGUGAACCUAGCAGCAGACAUUAUAAAGCCCGCUGAUCCAGAAUUUAGAACAAUGCAUCCUAGAUUACAGCAGCCUAGGUUCCAUCCAUACUUUAAGGACUGCAUAAGGGCUAUAGAUGGCACCCAUGUUCCUUGCGUCGUGCCACAAGACAAGUUUAUGCAGCAUUUGUGCCGCAAGGGCAUGACCACACAAAAUGUGCUGGCUUGUUGCGACUUCGACAUGCGGUUCACUUUUGUCCUUGCUGGAUGGCCCGGAUCUGCACAUGACAUGAAAGUAUUCAGGGAUGCAACGACACGCUUCGGGCAUGUGUUCCCUCAUCCGCCAACAGGGAAAUAUUACUUGGUGGACUCGGGCUAUGCUAACCGACCUGGUUACCUAGCUCCAUACAAGGGAACAAAGUAUCAUCUGCAGGAGUACCGCGAGGGUCCGCAACCAGAAGGUAAAGAGGAAAUCUUCAAUUAUGCACAUUCAUCACUGAGGAAUGUGAUUGAAAGGACAAGCGGUAUCCAGGAUAGACACUUUGCUCGGUGUGACAAUGAUGAGAACUUUGUGCCCCAAGAAGCAUAUGAGGACCAGCCUGAAGCAGAGGUUGUGCCUGAUGAGUCCGAGCUUAUGAAUGCCUUUCGUGACUCCGUGGCCUUGGCUAUGAUAUAUUGA